UUUUAAACCAGGAGUUGUCGGCGGCAUCAGUAGAGGAUGUUGGAUGAUUUUUCGGGAUGAUCUUCAACAUCUGACACAGGGAUCAAAACAUCAUAAAAUUAUGGAAGGGAGAAACAACUCGAACGGAUGUUUGCUGCAAUAGAAACCGCGACCUUUUUCAGAAGCUCUCUCUUUCCUGCAGGUUUUAAUAAUGCGGUCCUCGGAUAUCAGCAGAUCCGCCGUGAUUGUGCUCUGUCUUUUAGGAUGCAGUAUCUGGAAAGCACUAACGGAAGCUUUGCGAGAAGAUAGCGACGCCAAAGAAGUAGCUUUGAAGGUCCACCUGAGUGACGCAAGCACUCACCAGCCGCUCUCCGACGCCACCGUGGAGGUCUUCGCCAAUCACACCCCCGUUGCUAGGGAGACCUCUGGCAGCGACGGCAACAUCUUCGUCAGAUUCCCAUAUAGCCUGGGUGACCUGCUCGUCAUCACAGCUACCAAGCGAGGCUACGUCCCUAACUCCGUCCCUUGGAGACCAGCUAGGCUGCCUGUCUUCUCAUCACUGAGCCUGGAUCUGCUUCCUGAGAGAGCUGCUACUUUAAUAGUGUAUGAUGAUGAGGUUCAAAUCGUCUCUGGAUACCAAGGAUCGAGGCUUCAGCCGUGGGUUCAGUUCCAGAGGAGAGCACUGAGUCUUCCUCCUAACUCCACCUACACCAACCUGACCGCCUUCCUCACUGUAACUCACUCGGGGCAGAACACACAGCACUUCCCGUACCUGCAGGGCCUAGGCUCGAACAGCACAGGCAGCGACCGCAGAUUUGAGCUGACCCCUGUAGCUGCCAUCAGCGUUCACCUUUUGGGAAGCGAUGGGGCGGAGCUUCGUGUCAGCGAGCCAAUCAGUGUGAGCGUUCCUCUCCCUGCCAACAGUGGCUUGAAGGAGAAUGACCACAUUCCUGCCUGGAGAUUCGAGCCCAAACUCGGAGCUUGGUUGAAGAGCAGUUUGGGCUACGUGCAGAGAGAAGGAGGAGGUGAGCUCAUCCUUACCUAUAUCGCCCCUCAGCUCGGUUACUGGGUAGCAGCCAUGUCUCCUAUAAACACAGGACCCGUGGUUGCAAAGGACAUCAGCACAUACCACACUGUGUUCCUUUUGGCCAUACUGGGAGGCAUGGCCCUCAUCCUGCUCUUUCUCAUCUGUCUUCUGCUCUGUUACUGCAGGAGAAAGUGCUCACGCUCAAGACAAGCACACCAGAAGUACUCUCUCACCUCGUCGUUGGACAGCUCCAAACGAGACCAAGCCACAUCCAUGUCCCACCUCAACCUCAUUAACGAGGCCCAACUGGACCAUGUGGGUGUGGAAGCAGACCUGCACACACCCAUGUUGAAAGCCGCCCUUCACGACUCCUCCACCAAUGAGCUGGUGUCGUCUCGGAACGAGCUCGGGAGUCGCUCUCAGCGUGAAUAUCGUCGCAGUUACACCUCCGUCGUCUCUUCAACCGUCCAUCAUCUCCAUGCAUCUGCUUCAUCCUCAUCCCCGUAUGCACUGCACCACGCUGCCUCAGCUGGUCGCCUGUCCUCAGAGAGCAAGGCCAGUCCACGCGAGCUCUGCCUUUCUGCAUCCACGACUUCACCCACAGCUUCUCCAGAAAGGGAUCUGGGGGCGGAGCAUCGUCCAUCUGACUUCCUGCUCUCACGCUCCGUGGAUCAGCUAGAGCGCCCGCCAGGCCUUCUGCCCCGUCCCGGAGCACUGCUCUGCUGCACGUCGGAGCUCCAGGUAAGCCAGGGUGGAGCCGUAUAUCAGAAAGGCCGGCCCACUUUGCUCAUCCCCGCCCACUAUAUGCGGCUGCCUGGGACGCACCCUCUCUCAGGACAAGCGCUUCUGCUCCAGUCAGAUGAGCGGAGUGAGCUCGAGAGCAUCCGUGCAGAACUUAAUGCGUCCCAUCAGCCUCAAGGUGAAGUGGGGCAAGAGGACCACAUAGGCGAAGGGGUGGAGGAGGGGAAAGUAGGAGCAAGGGAGGCAGCAGGAGGGACAGUGGAUGAGUGGACGGCAGCGCUGCCUGAAGCCUUGUCCAUGCCCAACUCGCUAAGUGAGGCGGCGCUUGGGGUGGUGCAGAUGAACGGAGAAGAUCAGCUACUGGCUGAGAAGACGUUAAUGGAGCUGAGGGGUGGGAAGCCCCUCCCACACCCACGAGCCUGGUUUGUGUCGCUGGACGGCCGCUCGAACGCGCACAUCCGCCAUUCCUACAUCGAUCUGCAGAGGGCAGCACAUGGCGCCGGCUCUGUGGGCAGCAACGAUGCCAGUCUGGACUCGGGUGUAGACGUGAGUGACAUCACUCCAGGCCGCAAGGCCAAAGGUCAGGGAAAGGCCCAGGUUAUGUCACCCACUGUGGAAUGUGCAUCUCUGGUAUUUGUGGAGGGUACAAAGGCUAACGUUAAUGCUAAUGCUCAUUCAGAACCCAAUGAGAGUGAGAGCCAAACUCCUGCCUGCAGCCCGGAAGAAAACUCACUCAGGCCCUUGUUGCCCAAAGCUGAGAUCGAGGAAGAGCCUACAAUGCCUUCUUCACCUCCAAUGCUCCCCACUCCUCCGCUCCCGUCCCCUCCACCGCUCCCAGAUCCCACCGUGGAGGAGGAAGAUGAGUCAAGGGGAGACAAGGAACAGAUAGUGAGGACUGAGCGUGCCCAAACGCACCUUAAGCUUUCCUCGAGCAACAGUGCCCCGGAUGGUUUGGCUGUUCCUGAGGACAUAGAUGAGAACAAGAAGAGUCCAUGGCAGAGGCGCGAGGAGAGGCCACUGCUUGCCUUCAACCUCAAUUGACCCCUGACUUUUGGCCUUUUUACCUGUGGAAUUGCCUUUUGGCUGAAGGAUUUGGGGUCUGACUUUUACAUUACUCGUAAAAAAGUGAAAAGUUGAAGCGACUGAAAUCAAUAAUCACUUCCGGGAACUUGCUUGUGUUUGAACAAAAAGCGCUCCGCUAAACACAUUUAUGCACAACAGCUAUGCCUUUUUAAACGAACUGCAAACGAAAGCCAUUGUACGAAGGUGAGAUGUUUAGCUUUAUGAACCGCUGCUGGCGUUCAGGUAAGCAAUAGGAUCUUCAAUUGGUAGCAUACAGCACUGAGCACUGCGUCUUGUCCACGGUAAAUGUUUAAUCACGUGUUCGUCCUCUGUGUCCCAGCACUUAGCUGAACAAAAUCGCUCAGUCAUGGUUUAGCAGAAAGUCUUCCUGAUAUGAAUCUGUGACUGAAAAUCUAAUGAAGAUUUAAUUUUCGUCCUGUGGUUUCAGUUUCUCGAGUGAGUGUUUGCCCCCCCCCCCAUCAGAGGAAAGUUUUGAAUCUUUGGCAUCAAUCAAACGCAGUAUUUCCUCCUCAGUACAAUAAUCCAGUGUAUUCACUGGAGCAUGUGUGAGCUUCCUGUUGUGCUUCACACUUCAGUCUAGACACGCACAGCUAUGCAUUGCUUUAAUUCUGGUUAUUUUUAUUAAUCUUAUUCUUUUUUGAAAGCGUAUUAUGUGUUUAUUAUUGUAUUCGCCGUUUUUGAUUUUAAACACGAUUUAAGUGAACGUUUUAUUCAGGAAAAAUAGUUCUUUUUCUCUUUUGCUGGUCAUACACAUAAAAUGCUCCGUGUGUCUGAAGUGCCUAUGUAGCAGAUGCGUUAAUUUACAAUCACGUCUCCUCGCAGAUUAGAUCCUAUUACAUACCUAUGCUUUGUAUUUUUUGUUUUUGUUUUUUGGUAUUUUUUUAAAUGUAGUGCAUAAACCUUGUGUGUGUUUGUACGUGUACAGUGUAUGAAUGAUGUGUCUCUACUGUGUAUUUCUCCACCUGUGGAGAAGGAGUGCAUAUUUCAGAGCGUGUCGUUGUGUGUUUCGGAGUUUGUGUAUGAAUCAAUAUGCUACACUUGUCGCUCCUUGGAAAAAUGUAGUUUGUGUGUGUGUUACAUUGUAUGAAUAUGAAAGCUGUCCUUGAGACAUAACCACUUUGCAAUCACUCCCCAACAAUCUCCUUUUAAAUGUCUGGACCGGUUGGUCGCUUAUGAUAUAAAGGAGUCCAAUUAUCCCACAAUUUAAAAAAAAAUAAUUUAAUUAAAGCUACUUAUGAUUUUGAGAAACAGUAGUAAACGCCUGUUGCAAAAGGUUAAUCCACUGUGUUCAUGUCAGGGAAUUGCACUGGAAUAUUUCUCCAUUUAUCAUAGCUAUGAUGGGCUCAAUCGUAUUGCAUGCAGUUAUCCAAUCAACUAAUCAUGUGGCAAUACAUAUACAGUACAUAAAAUGAUCCAGAUACAAGUCCUCAGUUAAUGUUCGUCAGACAACAGAAUUGGGGGAGAUGCGGAUGCGAUCUCAGUGACUUUCACCAUGUCAUGGUUAUUGGGGCCAGAUGGGCUGGUUUGAAUGUUUCAGAAACUGCUGAUCUCCUGGGAUUUUCAUCACAACACAACACACUGUAGAGCUUUGUGUGGAAAAAUAAAAAACAUCAAUAAAGCACCUUGUUGAUGGGAGGAGACUUGUUCAAGCUGACAGGAAGGCUGCGGUAACGGAAAUUAACACGCUCUACAACCGUGGAGCGUAAAAAAGCAUCUCCGAGCACACAACAUGUUAAAAGUUUGAGGUGGAUGAGUUACAACAGCAGAAGACCACAUCAGGUUUUAUACCUGUCAGCUAAGAACAGGAAUCUGAAACUACAUUGGGUACAGGUUUACACAAACUGGACAGAUAACGAUUAUAAAAUCAUGGCCUGGUCUUUUUCCAGUCUUCAACUGUCCAGUCAUCUACUGGCUCUUCUCUGGUUAAGAUUUAAAAAAAAUUCUUAAACUGCAGCACCGGAAAGUCCUGGUGCUUUUUUCAACCGCCGCGUCAUCCUCCACAAUCACCAUUACCCUGCUACUAUUUUUAAAAGCCUCAUAAUGAUCCGUAGUUGCGGUACGUCAGCCACUAAUGGAUGAUAUUUUAUCUACUCAGUACUUGCUGAGUCAUGAUAUUCUGGUUGUUUCGUCAUUAAUUUGAACCUCAAAAUGAAUAUGAAAUGAUGAAAAACAAGCAAAGGAGCAGUUCAAGAGCAUUUUAUAAUACUUCUUUUUCCAAAAGCCAGAAACUUUCAAAACAUCUUGUUUACUUUUUGCAUUUCAAAUUGGAAAAAAAAAAAACCCCAAGUGAUUGCAGUGCAUAUGGACCUAACCACUACAAGGGUAUGAGUUCAAAUCCAAAGACUGCGACUGAUUUGCCAUGAAGUGAUGUGUGUGAAUGCAACUUUCGUAAUAUUUGAAAGCUGUAAAUGAUCUGCUCAGAGGAGAGGAAACAUGUUGCAGAGGUUUUAGGGUGUGGUGUUGGCCAGAGCACAGAAAGGAAGGAUUGUAUUUGUUUGAAGUUCAAUACCGCAAAGCUUUACAUAACGUCCAGCAAAACUGUUGCCUACAAUGUUUAACCCUAAACGCCUCAACUGGACAUUUGGUUGAGAUAAAAGCAUCUACUAAAUAAGUAAAUGUACUUGUGGUUCAACAUUAAAUGUCCAAAGGAAGAAGUAGAAGG